GAUUGGAUCGUAUUCCCUUAUGGAAGUUUUAAUUGGAAACGCAACAUGUCGCGAUUUGCUUGAUUAGAUUAGGGAAGGUCCUCGUAUGUUUCUUUCACUUUAGCAUUCUAUUUAGUGAGUUUUCAACAGUCUGUAACGGUUUUUCUGUGUGUAUUUUACGUUGUGGAGCGUCGGCGAUGACGCAGAUUUUUGGAAAACGUGUUGAGAAGGAUUUCCAUGAAAAGAAGAACAUAACCCUAUGACAAUGAGAUGUCCUAUUUCUGAAACCAAAAACAUCCUUUUUAUUAAGACUAAGUCUGUACAGUGAUACAAUUAAAGAAGUAUUAUUGUCUAAGUUAUAUGGUGACUGAAGCAAUAUGGGACUACUUUUCGCGAAAUUGUGGAGUCUCUUUGGCAAUGAAGAGCAUAAGAUAGUUAUGGUAGGUUUGGAUAAUGCUGGUAAAACGACUAUAUUGUACCAGUUCCUAAUGAAUGAAGUUGUUCAUACAUCGCCGACUAUUGGAUCGAAUGUAGAAGAAGUAGUUUGGAAAAAUAUUCAUUUUAUAAUGUGGGACUUGGGUGGACAACAAAGUCUACGAGCAGCAUGGUCUACAUACUAUACUAACACUGAGUUUAUAAUAAUGGUUAUAGAUAGUACAGAUAGAGAAAGACUUGGUGUUAUAAGAGAAGAAUUAUACUCAAUGCUGAAUCACGAGGAAUUAAGUAAAGCUAAUGUCUUAGUCUAUGCUAAUAAGCAAGAUUUAAAAGGUAGUAUGACAGCUGCAGAAAUCUCUAGACAAUUGGAUUUAACAUCGAUUAAGAAGCAUCAGUGGCAUAUACAAAGUUGUUGUGCACUUACUGGAGAAGGACUGUAUCAAGGUUUAGAAUGGAUUGUUGGACGUUUAAAGAAGACAUGACGUACAUUAUGAGGAUUCAUUUUAAAUGUCAUAAGAUAUGUAAACUGUAAAGUAUAUGUUCAUUGUAAGUUACUGUGCCACUCUAACAAUUGUACAAAUGAAUCUAGAAUGGAUGAUCAUUUUUCAAAUGGUACAUUAGCUUCAUGCAUAACUUGAAAUGUAACUGUAAUAUGCUGAUCACAGUUAUUGCUGCAAGGCACUUAACGUGUCGAAUGGUGGACGGGUAAACUCUUAUCUAUUAAUGUGAUACAAAAUAUAAUAGCAAAUGAUUAUAUCUAUAAUAUAAGAGUAAAGUAACGUUUUAACUAAUCUCUUCAUAAAAAGUGUAAAAAAUAAUAUGUUAUAAAAGAAAUUGAAAAAUUUAGAAUUGUAAAAGUCUUUUAUAGAGGAUACUGUUAAAUUAUGAGAAAUAUGUAUAGCGAAUUUUCUUUUGUUAUUGCAAAAAAAAAUGACGCGCAUUGUAAACAUUCUACAGCAGGACUGCCACAAUUAAGGUUAAUCAAUACAUUAUACUACUUCUAGAUAUAAAAUGCUGCAUUUAAAUUGCAAUUUGAAAAACAGAAAAUAUGAUUUUUUUAUUCGACAAAAAAAGAUUCGAUCAAGAAAUCUGUAUGCACGUGUCAAAAAUAUAGAAUUUACUCUUGAUCCCGUCCACCUGUGUUUGUAGUAAAAAAAAAAAUACUAGGUAAUUCAUUUUAUUUGGUUGAUAUGCGGAUAGAAAUUAUUUGGCCUGUACGAUUUUCAAAACAAUACCUAUGUACAUAGUUUUUAUACUCCGCAUUAGUAGUAAACAAUUCUAAAAAGUAAAAUCUAAUCUAGCACCAAUUGAAUCACAUAUUUUUCAAGUUUCUGUGCGAGUUUGAACAUUUCUCAGUGCUUGGUACAGCAAACGUCUUGCGAGAUUUCAUGGCUAGAUUUAUUCAACCAAUCCAACUAGAUGAUUGAAAGCAGAAUACUUACUGCUCUGUGAUACGUGGAUUCAACAAUGGGACGGUUGUUUGUUGGGAACAUUGACUCUGAGUUAUAUAGGAGAAUGAUAAUUAUCUAUUAGAAAAAUAUUCUUUGCAGAUGAAAAGGAUAUUUUCCAUGUAGAAAAAAGCUGAUCGUCUCAUUGUAAAUAUUAACGAAUCAUUUUGAUUCUUUGAUCCAUAAAUAUCCAAUUAACAGCUGUCUCAUUUAUUUUAUUUACUUCAUAAUUUAGAACAACUAACUCUCAUAUAGCUAGAAAUACUUCAGUAUUUAAUAUCUAUUAAAACUUAAAAUAUUAAUAGCAAACGCAAAAGAAAUCAUCGUAGAAAUUAUUAAGAUCAUUGUAUGGAAGAUGCCGUCUAAAGUCAGAGUGAGAUCAUACAUUUAAAGUUUCAUAAAAAUAUAAACAGUGGUUUUCUCAUAUUGAGAAACAAUGCAUUAAUUGUCGUAUAUAUGAUAUAAUAUUGCAGAUUGUACACAAUACUAUUAUGUAUAUAUUCUCGUUAACGGUUUUCGUUACAUAAAAGUUGUGAAAUAUGCAGGACAAAUUAACAAGUUGUUUUAUUUUGAUGAGGGUUCACAAUUCACAUCAGUUGGAUGUACUUGGGUAGAUUUAAACAUCGUGUUUGGGUCAGUAGGGGCAGAAUAACAUGAAAAUUAAUACCAGUGUUUGUGUUAAAUCGUAUUGGUACAAUAUAAAUCAAAUAAUCGCAAACAAGGUUGUUAACUGACAUAUGGACUGAAGUCAAUGUAAAAUAAGUUUAUUAAAUUAUCUUUUGCGGGAAAUAGAUAAUAAAUUAUGCAUUAUACUUUCUUUA